AUGACACAAACGAAAUCUACUACUAGUAUACAUGAAUCUUCCACAUCAAUUUCGUUUGCCUUCACUCCACCCGACAACGAUGACUCUUCUUCCUUCUACACGCCUAAUUCGUCCCGACCAGCAUCACUACACUCUUCUCCCAUCCCUUCGCCCUCAACUUCUCCAAAAACCUGCACAUUAUUCUCAUCUUUACAAUCGCUUCGUAAAUCACAGUCGAAACUCGGUGACAACAUUAAUAAUUCAGACUUAACCUGGGAGGCUUUUAUUUACAUGUAUGCUCGAGGAAUGUUUGAUCCGUUGAGCAUUCCCAAGAAACCUGGGAUGAUGGACGAUGGAAAGCCAUUGGGAAAGAGGAAUAGCUGUCCAGAAGUUUUGGAUUUGAGUGAAGAAAAUGGUGUUGCAAUUAUGUAUAAAACUAAAGAUUGUAAACUUGAAAAGCGCAAAACAACAGAAUUCCGUAGUGUCAAAGAAAUGCCCAAGGAUAGCUGUGUCACAGAGAGCAAAAGAAGAGACCAUGAGAAGGAAUAUGAUAUUGGGAAAAUUUGGGAAAAAAUAAUGAGCGAAAGUCGUAAUACAACCACAGAAGCGAAUGAAGACACAGAUAAUGAAGAAAUGGAAUAUCUAGAACCGCCCAUGCCACCAAACGAAGAUGAGCGGCGCAGAGCACUCUGGCGCUUCCAAAUCCUCAAUACGCCUCCAGAUGAAAAUUUUAAUCGCAUUGUCUCGCUCGCCAAAAAUCACUUCAAAGUACAGAACGCGUCCAUUUGUCUAGUCAACACAGACCACCAAUGGUAUAAAGCCGGACAUGAAUCUGGGUUCUGGCAAACUAGUCGUGCUGCGAGUUUCUCGGGCCAUGCUAUCCUACAAAAGGAUGGUGAGCCUUUGGUUGUACAAGACGCCACAUUGGAUUGGCGAUUCAAAAGGAACCCACUAGUGCUGGGUCCGCCAUAUAUUCGAUUCUAUGCUGGGGCAGCAUUGCGCACCAAAGAUGGUUACAACAUAGGAACGCUGUGCUUAACUGACGACACCCCAAGACAUGAUUUUGACGAGGAAGCUCUAAGAACGUUAAAGGAAUUUUCAAAAAUAGUAGUCCGGGAGUUGGAACUAUGGUCGGACAAAAUUCGUCUAGGAGCACGCAAUAAAAUGCUGCAAUCCAUUGCCGAGUUUAGCAAGUUCAGCCUCGUCCACAUAAAAGCUCAGCUAGCAUCUUCCGACAAGCACAAAGCCCCUUGGUCUCCAUCUCCAGAAGCGUUCACACCGUUCGAUGAUCCCAUAAUUCAAAAAUGCUUUGACCUUGCUGUGAAACUCAUGCGGGAAACUCUCGAUGUCGAUGCUGUGUACUUGCUCGAAAUGCCUUCAUUAUAUCAUUUCGUCACAACACGCAUGGGGAGCGAAUUCGCGUUAGAAUGGAAUGGCUCGGUCGAAGCGGGAGAGAAACAAAAACCGUAUUUGAGAUUUCUUGCAUCUACUGGACUGGAACUUUCUCCUCACACGCUCACAACAGAGGCGACAACAGAGUUUCUUUUACAUGUUGUGCACACUCAUGAACAGGGUUACAUAUUCCAAAACGCCCUACCACCAAUUCCUGCUCUAUUUCCGUCGCAUAUGCAAUCAGGCAUCGUCGUUCCAGUCUACGGCAGCUCCAAUCGUGCUUUUGGCUUUAUAAUCGCAUUAACCAAAGACCGAUUGCGACAAUUCGACGAUGAAGAAAGAGUAUACCUUGGAGACUUUGGUGUAAACAUAGCGAGCGAAGUCUUAAAGCGAAGAGUUAUUGUAGCGGAUAGGGCAAAAAGUGCCUUUGUCAGUUCGAUAAGUCACGAAUUGCGCACGCCGUUGCAUUGUAUCCUAGGAAGUUGUGAGUUGUUGGACGAUAGUCAGCUAUCGGAUACACAGAAAGAAUUACUGUGUACGAUUCAAGGAUGUGGGGUAAACUUGAUUUCGAUUGUCAAUAGCGUGUUGGAAUAUGUAAAGCUGGAUGGCGAUCAUGAUUUAGCGAUAGGAAUGCCGGCAAACGACCCAAUGCCUUCCCCACCCGAAGAUUUCUCGCCAGAUCGCCCGCCAUCUAGUUACAUAAUAAGGAAUACUGGACAUGCUCCUAUUAUGCCGGUCCCUCCUGUCAUUAUAAAUUCGCCUUCCAAGCUGCGCUCUGUCAAUUUAAUCAGACUUCUUGAAGACGUUGCUGAGGCUUGUGUUGUCGGCCAACAAAUGCUCUCUGUCAUUUACAAUAAACCAACUUCCGAGUCCAAUCUCACAACGCAUGCAAGAAGGAAAAGCUUGAUGGCAUUGUUGAAUAGUAACCGUGAAGGUAGGUGCGAAGACGAUAAUGUCGAACUGUUUCUGGAUGUGGAGAAGAGAGAGCGCGGCUGGAACGUUCUUGCUGACGAUGGAAAUAUAAGGUUAAUUUUAGUGAAUAUUAUUGGUAACGCACUAAAAUUCACUUCCAAAGGCUACGUCCAUCUAUCUCUAACUUCCGUUCCAGUACAAACAUCCCCUGAUCAAGGUGUCUCUUUGUCAAAUCGCAUCAAAGUCCUUUUUACUAUAACGGAUACCGGUCAUGGUAUAUCGCCUCAAUUUCUCACGACAGAGCUAUUUCAACCUUUUUCUCAAGAGGAUUCCCUCAGAGUUGGUACUGGACUGGGGCUGAGUAUUGUCCGAUCGCUAGUUGAGAAAUUGAAUGGAAAAUUGGAUGUCAAGAGUACGUUGGGAGUUGGAACUAGCGUGAAAAUAUGGCUGGAAUUUGAAGAAACUAAGCAAAAGGUGGAUGAUGAGGCAGAGAAGACGUUAAGAGAACAAUUCUAUGAUGAUAUGAAAAACCAAACAGUACUGUUUAAAGGCUUUCCAGAUAAAUUCCAAGAAGUAUUUGAAAGAUAUUUCACAACUUGGCUCAAUGUCAAGAAAAUCGUCACGGACAACUCUUCAUUCUUCAACAAACCUGAUCCCCAUAUAAUCCUAAUCAACAAUGACCUCGAUGUUUUAACAAAGCUUAUGUCGUCCUUUGCAAACACAUAUUCUCGACGCUCAUCCUUUUCACGGCCACGGGAGAGAAGUAGUUCACGUCCGAUGGUUAUUUUCAUUACAACGCUUGCAAAACAUGCGCAAGUUUCACGCGCUAUCAAGGAUACGCAGCUGCAAGUGGAGUCUCUCGAAAAGUUGCAGGAUGGAUUUGAAGAAAAUUCAACGAGAAAAUGGAUCGUAGUGGUCGUUCCGACGCCCAUUGGGCCAAACAAGAUUGAACAAGCUGUUCUGAAUUGUCUUAGAAUGGCCAAAUCAGAGGAACGUGUUGCCUCUCAUGAAAAUACUACGCAAUUUAGUCCAGGGUCUUCCGACCCAGUUUCUGAUGACAUGUCAACAACAUCGCCUCGUGUGUCAUUACUAUCGAAACCGCGGGCUGUGACCAAUAAUCCUUCCGAAUCGUCUUCCGAGUUUCGAUUUGAUGUUCCGACUCAACUAGCACUUCAUCAUUCAAAUACUUGUUUACCCAAGGUUCUGCCUCCUACUGUACAUUCAUCUUCUCAAAAACGUGCACCGUUCAACUUUACUGGGACUGUUAGCGCAUCACAAGGUCCCAAAGUGUUAAUAGUUGAGGACAAUGCGGUUAAUAGAAUGAUAAUUGCAAAGUUUUUGAAAAAGAUAGGCGUAGAGUAUGAGGAAGCCGAGAAUGGUGCAGUGGGGGUGGAGAGGUUUAGAAAGAGAAUGGAAGAAGAAACGGUUUUAAGUAGUAAUGGGAAAAUUGUAAAGAAGGGGUUCGACAUAAUAUUUAUGGAUAUCCAAAUGCCGGUAAUGAACGGCAACAUAGCAACGUCCGAAAUACGUAGAAUCGAAAAAGAGAUAACCGAUCGAAGAAAUAAACGGGUUAAACGUAUUUUGGGCUUCCCUAUUCCCAUAAUGUUCUCGCAGUUUCCGAGAAGUCGUUCCUAUCCAUACGAGAGUCGAUCUCUCAUUUUUGCGCUAACGGGUCUAGCAAGUGAUGAAGAUAAAUUAUUGGCGUUCGAGAGUGGGGUUGAUGAUUUUUUGACCAAACCAGUUAGUUUAAAAUUGUUAGAGAAAGCGUUGAAAAAAUGGACAGAAAGGAAAGAAAAAGAAAAUAAAGAGGAGAAAGCAAGAAUGGCAGAGGAGGAGGAUAUGAAAAAAAAGAGAGAGAAGGAUAGGAAGAAAAGGGAUUAUAGGAUUGUCUGUGUUAUUGGGUAA